AUGUGUGCCAUCGGGUGGGGAUUCGACGCGCAAAUCAACGGUGCGGUCAUUGCCAUCCCUGCCUUCCGGCGCGAGUACGGAUAUGUUUCGGAUGGGAAUGCCAUCCUGCCUGCGAACUGGCAGUCCGCGUUCAAUGUCGCCAGCUCGAUCGGCCAGUUCUUCGGGGGAUUCCUCUGCAGCUGGAUGGCCGACCGAGUCGGGCGCAAGCGCUCCCUUGUCUGUGGUUCUAUUAUCUGUAUGGGAGGCACAUUUGGGGAGAUCUUCUCCCAUGCUCGCGGCGCCUUUCUCGCAUCCAAGUUCAUUCUCGGCGUGGGAUUGGGGUUCUACCUGACCCUUGGUCCGCUCGUGUGCAGUGAGAUCACCCCUGUGGUGCUGCGUGGUCUGUCGACCGCUGGUGUGAACCUGGGGAUCUGCGUUGGCCAGCUCUUGUCGAAUGCCGUGAUCAAGGGGUUUGGGGAGCGCGCGGAUCGCUGGGCGUUCGCGGGCCCAUUUGCCAUUCAGUUGUUCUUCUCGUUGGCACUGCUGGCUGGGGUUCCCUUUGCACCAGAGUCACCGUGGCAUCUAGUUCGGAAGAACCAGAUUGACCAGGCCCGGAGGUCGCUCCAUAAGCUGUGGGGGAAGGACUUUGACGUCUCAGCGCUCCUGGCCGCCAUCCAGCUCUCCGUUGAAGAGAGCGCGCAGCAGGCAAAAGCCAGCUAUGGCGAUUGCUUCCGCGGGACGAAUCUCCUGCGCAGCAUGAUCUCAUGUGCAGGGUUUGUAUGCCAACAUCUGGUGGGAAUCAUCUUCGUCCUGGGCUACUCGACGUACUUCUUCGAACUCGCCGGGUUGGAAACUUCGCAUUCCUUCAACCUCGGGGUCGGUGUCACGGCCUGUGGCGUGUUGGGCAACUUCCUCAGCUGGUUUCUUGUCAACUCCGUCGGCCGUCGGCGAUCGUUCCUGUCGGGGAUGGUGACCCUCACGGGCCUGCUCCUCCUCAUCGGCAUCAUGGACGUCGUGCCCUCCAACACAGCGAAAUGGGUCCAGGCGUCCUCCACUGUGGUCUACGCCUUUGUAUACUUUAUGACUGUCGGGGCCGUCGCGUUUGUCCUACUGGGCGAGGUCUCGACGCCUUUGCUGCGCGCGAAAACGACCGCAUUGGCGACCGCCGUACAGGCCGUGUUUGGCAUCGCGAUGAAUGUGGCGGUCCCGUAUAUGGUGACGCCUGAUGAAGCGAACAUGAAGGGUAGAGUGGGAUUCGUGUUUGGUGGGUGUGCGGCUGUGGCUACGAUGGCCAGCUGGGUGUAUAUCCCCGAGCUCAAGGGUCGGACCUUUGAGGAGAUUGAUAUUAUGUUCUCGAGUCGGGUUCCGCCAAGGCACAUGCGUUCGUAUCAGAUUAGGUGA